UUGUGGUUUUUCCUUGAAUUUUACGACACUAUAUAUACUUCAAGUUUGCAUAUUCAGGACUGUUGAUGAAGCAAUUUCUGGUUUUUAAUCUGUUUAGCUUGAAACCGGUCGGUCAGGCUUUGGACGUAUAAGGUUCUUUGUCUUCACCAGACGCUUUUUCUGGUGAUGGGAUUUGAUUGUUGUCGGUAAAAGAUUUGUCUUGCAAAUGUGAGGAUGCGAAAACAUAUCAGAUUGGAUAAAGUCAAAACAAGAAACUUUCACUGUUUUACAGAAUUCAAAAGCCAAAAAUGAAGUUUUGACCUUUGAGUUUACCAUGAUUAGCUCAUCAAAAAUUGCUACAUAGUACAUAAUUGUUGUUCUGUGUAGCAGUGGCAUUUCUGGGUAGAUCAAUGGGGGUGAUUUCAGAUUUGCCAAUUGACAUUGGGGUUUGUAAGUGUUAGGCCAGACAGUCAAUUUCAUGAUUUGUUGGCAGAUUCAAUGUCUGUGCACAUAAUCUGUUCGACAUGCUGCGUCUGUGGAUUCCUUAAUUAAUUAUUGUAAUCAUGUGCACUUGGAGAUAAACAUAGUUCAUGUGAUUUGUGAGGAUCAGGUUUCAUAUGGGAAGGCAGCCACUGAUAAUCAUAGCAGAUGCAGAGCUGUGCAGAGAAGUUGGAAUCAAGAAAUUCAAAGACAUCCCAAACAGAAGCAUUCCAUCUCCCAUUGCAGCUUCUCCUCUCCAUCAAAAGGGUCUCUUCUUCACCAGGGAUUCACAAUGGUCGACCAUGCGGAACACAAUAUUGUCUGUCUACCAGCCGUCACACCUGGCCAGCCUAAUACCCACCAUGCAAAGCUUCAUUGAAUCUGCAACUCAAGAUCUUCACUCUUACAAAGAAGAAGACGUCAUUUUCUCCACCCUCUCCCUCAGACUGACCUCAGAUGUGAUUGGACAAGCUGCAUUUGGUGUUGAUUUUGGCCUCUCCAAACCACAAUCAGUCCGCGAUACAACCAACAAUUCUAAAAACAAAGACAGUGAUAAAGAUGAAGUAUCUGACUUCGUUAAUCAACACGUCUACUCUACAACACAACUUAAGAUGGACUUAUCUGGGUCUUUCUCCAUCAUACUGGGUUUACUCAUCCCAAUACUCCAGGAGCCAUUUAGGCUGAUACUUAAGCGGAUACCAGGAACUAUGGACUGGAAAGUUGAUAGGGCUAAUCAGAAUCUGAGUGGCCAGCUUGAUGAAAUUGUUAUAAAGAAAAUGAAAGAUAAAAACCGCGGUUCAAAGGACUUCUUAUCCCUCAUAUUGAAUGCAAGGGAGUCAGGGACGGUGGCAAAGAAUGUUUUUAGUCCAGACUACAUUAGUGCAGUUACUUAUGAGCACCUUCUUGCUGGGUCCGCAACAACAUCGUUCACACUGUCUUCUAUUCUUUACUUAGUUGGAGACCAUCCAGAAGUCGAGAAGAAGCUACUUCGAGAAAUUGAUGGGUUUGGACCACAUGAUCAAGUACCAACUGCUCAAGAUCUUCAGCAAAAGUUUCCCUAUCUUGAUCAGGUAAUCAAAGAGGCUAUGAGGUUUUAUAUGAUUUCCCCAUUAGUUGCAAGAGAAACUGCUAAAGAUGUGGAGAUAGGAGGUUACUUUCUCCCUAAGGGAACAUGGGUGUGGCUGGCACCCGGAGUACUGGCAAAAGAUCCUAACAACUUCCCAGAGCCAGAGAAGUUUAGGCCAGAGAGAUUUGAUCCAAAUUGUGAAGAAGAGAAACAAAGGCAUCCUUAUGCUCUCAUUCCCUUUGGAAUUGGACCUCGAGCAUGUAUUGGCCAGAAAUUCGCCUUACACGAGAUAAAGCUGUCGCUGAUACAUCUGUACCGAAAAUAUAUAUUCCGACAUUCGCCCAGCAUGGAAAAGCCAUUGGAACUUGAAUAUGGGAUACUUUUGAAUUUCAAGCAUGGUGUAAAGCUUAGAGUAGUGGAUAGAACAUGACAGUCCUCAAGUCCAGCUGAUUUAGGCUUUUCAUGGUCGUGUACUGACUCAGCUAAUGCUAAUAGCUUGGUCUUAGAUGACUGAAAUAAAUUAGUUUUGCCAAUCAUAAAGCUUAUUGCUCCCUCUUUUACUUGUAUCUGCCAAAUGAUGUCAUUUGGUGAAGUCUUGGUUUGCAAAAAGGAUUUUGGAGUCGGAGAGAUUUGAUAAAUUUGUGAAGAAUAAUGGUUGAGAAUGGGCAGCACCUUUUCAUGGUGCCAUAAUGACAUGUACUCUUGCAGUGCUGAAACCUU